AUGUAUAGAACAUGUGUAAUUCGUAUUGAAAGUUCUAUUCGUAUAUGGCAAAUGCUUCUUCACCUUCUCAUCAUCUCCUUCACAUUUAUAUUUCAAUUAUGUAAAUCACAGAAUGCAGCUGACUUAGAGUUCUCUCCUUACGUUUUUAAAGCUGUAGAUAUUCCAUUUAAGAAUUCAAACUAUGCUAAGGAUUGGUUAGACUCUGAUGUAGCUCUAGUUCAACAUCCCUUAUUAGCUCCAGCAAAACCAAUUAAGCCAGGCAAUCCAGUCCCAUUGCCAACGAUAGCACCUUUAGUUGUUUCAUGGAAAAACUUGGAUAACACACACAUCAACGAUGAAAACACUUGGAACUUCGAGAAGCGAGUUGACAGCAAAGUCUGGUGGCCUAACUAA